AUGUCUGACGAUGGCUUCGACGAUGACUUUGAUGACGGUUUCGGGUUCAUCGAUGAUCUGGAUUAUCAAGAUGAUGACGAGCUGUCCGCCCUAGUCGACUCCAUGGCCGAAACCGCAUUCGCCCAGGGUGACCCCAUCUGGGAUGAGUUCGAAGCCGACGAUGAGGAGAAGGCUCCUGUCCCUGCCGACAAUGCGGGGAAGCCGCCGACAAAUGGCGGUGUCAACACAGCUACAUUAGACGGUGCAGGAAGGACAGAAUCAAAUGGAAAGACCAACAGUACCGGUAGACCGCUUCGGAAACGCCGAAAGCUCAUGGUCGUUGAUGAGAGUGGUGAGAGGUUGCCUGAAUCUGCGCCGAUACCACAGGACCAGCAGGAACAAGCGAAGGUCACGGCGACUGUCAUUGUUCCGCUGCCGCCGACAUCACCGAGAAGGCUCAAUGGUAGCGAGUCAAAGAAGUCGAAUGGUGUGUUGAAAGAGGAUGGGAAGACCAUAUCUUCAUCUAUAAGCGUUGACGGGCUCAGGGCUGCAAUGAAGCGGAAACCGAGUACAGAUGAGGCUGUAAUCUCUCCUUAA